UGUGAUAUAAAAUGCAUGACUGAUCAUGCAGUACACUUCUGAAUAGGCUAUUAAAUUGUACAGUAAAACAGAGACAAAUUAUCAUCUUUUCUUUUCUUGUGUGCACUCAAGUAUUUUGGGGGGAAAAUAUGUCUUAUUGGUGCUAGAAAAUGAUUCAGUCGCUGCCCACAUUUCCUGGAAAACAUGUUUGGAAUGCUGUUGGAUGAUAAAAGAGAGAAUUUUUCAUUAAUGUUACGCACUUUUUUUUUACGUAAAUGCAAAUGUAUGAAGACGAAACUCUAUUAAAAGAACUGUGACAGUAAAACAAAGAGGUGGAGUUUCCUAUAGUCACACUCCCUCACUACAAUUCCUUCAGUGAACUGUUAUACAGGUGCAUCUCAAUAAAUUAGACUUUGGACCACUGGACAACAGUCCAUUUCUUCUUCUCCUUAGCCCAGAUACAAUAAAAGACUGUCUUCAGACAUGGCUGAAAGAAUGAGGAAAAGAAAAAGGAGUGCGGCCGCCAAGGAUGAAGGGAGAAGCAAGGAGUGCAGGACCGCCACUGAAACACCAUUAGAUGAUCAGGAGUCAAAUUUGUCAUCUCUCAAGUCACUAAAACGACCUAACUGCCCACCUGAAGAUGAAACUUUUUAUGGAAAAAGACAAAGAAACAGUGACUACAGUCAGCCUGAGGAUUACAAAGGGUCUGAGAUCGGCUCAGGUUUGGAGGUCGGAGGGAACACCCAUUCCAGUUGUGAGGGGAACGAAAACAAGGCAACAAAACAGGCCAUGUCCUUCUGUCAUUCAAGCCAGAGCAAAUGAGAGAGAAGAUGUUUUUGUAUGAUGUUUCUGAUACAUCUGAUCACAGUUCAGAAGAUCAAAACUGCACCACAAAAAUGCCAUUUGAAGUGCAUACGUCCUGGGAAGAUUGUACUACUUCAAAAAUUAAAAACAUUGCUGGUGAAAGAAUCAAAGACUUAAAUUUAAACACUGACAACAGUGCACCAAUCAAGAUCAUGGAUUUUUUCCACUAUGCCCAAGUAAUUGAUUAUCUCAUCAGAGUUUGGUGGAAACAGGAAAAGCAUGACAGGCAGGAUGUCACCUUUUUAGUUGGUAGAUUCUCAGUACGGUUGCAAGCAACCGAUCUGUACUGUUGUCCAAUCAAAAAAGAUGAGGAAGAGAUACAUCUUCACAACAAAAAUCUUUCUUAUGCAACAUUGAAACUAUCACAAAAAAUGGCUAAAAACUUUUCUGAGACAAUUUGGAACUAUAUCAUGGGGAACCAUGACAAAGUUGAAUCUCAUGUACGGACACUUCAAGAUGCCAUUGCAGUGUGUGCUGUUUUGUUCUCAGAAGUUAUUAGGUAUCCUAGCAUGUUUUUCCACAACAUUCUUUUUAUGCAAUAUUACAAAUCAUGGAGCGAGUUUUGUGACUAUCAUCCCAUGGUAAGAGGAGGAUCAUGGAAGAGGCAGAGCAAUGACAAAAAAGUUCCAGAAAAAGUUUUACAGAUAGAACAAAAAAACCUUGUAUUUUGUGCUAAGAAAAUAAUAAGUGGUGAGGGAAAAAGAAGCACUUUAUUCCAAGUUACCUCCCCAGUUUGAAGAACCAGAAGCUUGGAGAACACUCUCAUGGACUUACGCAGAUCGCAAAAUGUGUGAAUAUAAAUUGGGAGCUCUUUUGGUGAGAGGCUUUUUGGGGUAUGGGAGCUGAACACACGGGGACCCCUAAAGACCAAAGAGAGGUCUCAAAAGCAAUUAAUUAAAAAUGCAAUACAUUGUAAACUGUCGUCAUCAGCUGCUCGUUUAAUGUCAGAUGUGCUGUGCUUAGAGGUUUUAACAUAGAAGAAAAAAAUAUUUUAUGUCACGGAUGGAGUUUUGGUUUCUUGUUGCCUCUGGGUUGCUUAGUUGGGGGCACCUAAUUUCCAGCGAUAUCAUAUACUAUUUAAACUGAACUGAGCUGGAUGAUGACACUGAAUUCAAAGAUGAACUGAAAAUUGAGUGUUUACUGUUGUCUUUUUGCAUUAUUGGCACAUUAUUUCCUAUUUAAUACUGUACAGCUGCUUUGACACAAUCUGUAUAGUUGAAACCACUAUUAUAAAUUGAUUUGACUUGACUAAUAACAUAAUGUGAUAAUAAUUACAUUUUACAGUAUGUACUUCUCUUUAUAUAUCUAGACUGUGUAAACACUUCCAGGAAAUCAAUACAGGCGUAAUUUAUUACUCAUACAUCUUUAUUUCUCAUGAAUAAAUCUAUUUUUAAAUCCAUGUUUCAUCCAAAUGUUUGUUAAAAAUGCAAAACCU